UGAACAUUAAAGUGCCUAACUACGUCAAAGUACCAACGUACUACAUAACAAGGUCCAACUUGAGCCUCAUCAACAUAUCGACAUAAUACAUAAAAUAUAUAAUACGGCUAUCAUCCCCUCGGUCUUCCCCUUGCUAUAGCACAUAGGGCUUAGGCUGACUCGGCUUCUCUGUCUAGUUAGGGUCUGCAUCGCGUCUGCAGUUCGCUUCGCAUAUAUUAGGCCGUGAUCUACAAUGCAUUGCAGAAGUUCCCCCCCGGCAUGUCUCGAUCGAGAAGCGGACGUCAAACCUCCGCUAUAACCUCCGCUAUAUUCAUAGCAACAGCAGGCUAGAUGUCUACAAACCUACCCGGAUCCAGAUCUAGAUCGCAUUGCGCAGUUGCAAUGAAGACAUCGCCCGGAAUCACGGACCUGAAGAGAUUUGGAGAAAUAAAAGACCCCGUAGCUCGUAAGUUCUCAUCGCGAUAUCGUAGAUAGGUCGUAUUUAUAUAACUGUCAUAUCCCAUCAUGUCCACACGUUCUAGUCGUAGAGAUGCUGGAAAUACGCCAGACGUAAGACUCGAACAUUUCUUCUCAAUAGUGACGUUGUCCCGUCAGCGAGAUGUUACUUGGGAAGCUUUCAUGCCUCUUAGGCCUCUGCUCCUUAACUGCAGGGACAAUUCUCCAGAAUGGCCAAGUGAGAAUCACGGAUUAUCCUGAUACUAAAAUAGAGAUCUCUUCGUACGACUUCCGGACCUACGAUGCAAAUGCUACCGAGCUGUCUUACAAGGGGAGAUGGGACUCUAAGAAGGUUUCCUGGUGGUCAGCUCCCGGGCUUGUCUUUGGCUUUACAGGAGAUACUGUUGCCAUCACAUUUGGAGAGCUAACUACAGAUACGACACUCAUCGGAUAUCGAAUAGGUGGGAUGGAUUGGACUUUUACCAACGUAACAGCAAGCACCACACACCUCCUAGCCUCUCCCUCAACCCCCGGCAUCAACGAAACCUUCCCCAUCACCCCCAUGACCUUUGAGCUUCGCGUAACAAACUGGGCCUACGGCGUCCAAAUCGACAAAGUGCACGUAGCAGCCGGCGAAUCGCUGGUCAAGAUCCCGCCGCACCAGCGCACCGUCGAGUUCAUCGGCGACAGCCUCUCGGCCGGCAUGUACACGAGCUACGAGGGCCUGUCUAGCUUCGCGUACGGCGUCGGCGCCGGCCUCGGCGACGCAGAGUACUAUGUUACCGCGUACCCGGGCAUCUGCGUCUCGGACCAGGACUGCUGGGGGAAUCCGCGCGGGCAGGUCCACCAGUGGUUUUACGCGUCGGAUACGAGCUGGCGGGCGGCGCAGAUAUGGGGCGAUGAGCCGGAGCCGUGGGCCUUUGAGAAACAGGAGACGACGCCGGACAUCGUGAUUAUCAACCUCGGCACCAACGACAACAACGCCGCGAAUAACGUCAGCACGGAGACGUACGUCGACGCUUACAAGAAGCUGAUACAGGGCGUUCACGGGAAGUACCCUAAAGCGCAAGUCAUCGUGAUGCAACUGUGGAUGGGCUUCUACUCCUACGGCAACAGCUACCAGCAAAACCUAGGCUACGAGCAGGAACUCAAGGAUAUCGUGUCCUACUUCAACUCGGACGAAUACCUCUCCGCGCCGACGAUCUGGGACGGUACGACGAACACGACGACCGUCCUGGACGCGCCGAGCGAGUCUUUCGUGCAUUACUUUAGUACCAAGGGCAUCAUGCAGCACAAUGAUAUCGGACCGCAAUGGCAUCCGACAGACGUCGGUGCUAUAAAGGUAGCUAGUCACUUGACACAGUUUAUCAAGUUGACCUUUGGUUGGGAUUUAGUUGCUACUGGUCCCGAGAUAUUCCACGAAACGCUGUACUGGAACGACCAGCAGAACUAUUAGACUGGUAUUUGCUUACUAGAACACGCAUCGGUGGUGAUUCAGAAGGGACCUCGAGAUAGAUAUUGGGGAGACAUUGAUGAUAUUUGGUUUUAUCUAACUUGAUUGUACAUAUAAAACAGAUCAGACUGGUAUCAACAGAAUAGAGC